GGUGUGUCUGCUCGCUCCAGGAGCCGCCUCUCCGAUAAAUACUCCACUCCAGGCAGGUCUCGGAAUUUAGGAGCCGCCGCUCAGCCGGGUUCACCUUCAGUGGAGGAGAGGCAGAGCAGGGAAGUUGCGAUUCCAUUCACUCAUCAAGCAGAAUUGGCGGCAGGUGUGAAUUCAUGUCUGUUUUCUCACCUCCUCUUUUCUGCCCCGUGUUUGUGCCCAGCAGAGACAUGACUGAGGUGAUGAUCACCAACACCCCCAUGGACGACAUGAGGCUAAGCCCCAACAAGGACAGACUCUCCUUUCAGAUCUUCCCUGACCCGUCGGACUUUGACCGAUGCUGUAAACUCAAAGAUCGCCUGCCGUCCAUCGUGGUGGAGCCGACAGAAGGGGAGGUCGAGAGCGGCGAGCUUCGCUGGCCCCCAGAGGAGUUCCUGGUCAGUGAAGGGGAGGAAGAGGAAGAGGAGGAAGAAGAGGCAGAGGAAGCGGUGAACGACAGCAUCCAGAACGGACAGCCGACCCAGAAUUGUCAGCAUUAAAGCCAGCGAGGAGCCGCAGUGUCCCGUCCUCUCUGCCAAUGACUCUUCUACUCACACACUGGUCACACUGCACCUUAAACCACCGGCUGACUUGACAAGGCAGACAUCUUAAGUGGUGCCAUCUCAUUUCCUCAUCCCCCCCCCCACCAGAGAAGCAAUACAUUUUUAAUUCACCAAUGCACAAUAAGGCCUCCUCCGACCACUCCUGCCCGACCGUGGGUCCCAUGACCCAGAACCGGCCGCUUUCUGCUGGCAAGCAUCGGCUCAGUGCUGAAGGAGACUAGAGCCCAUUAUGGCUGGCAUCAUGACCCCAGAGACUUGUAUUUGAUAUUACCACACCUUUGUUUUCUGAGGAGUGAACGUUUUGUCUGUCUGUUCUCAUCUUUGUCACUCUUUGUGCCAGGUAGACACAACAACUAAGCAGCUUGAGAAGGAUAAAUUGGAUUUCACAAUGAAGAUUCUGCUUAGUAAUGGUUGUUUUCAAGAUUUGUGAUAAACGUUGCCUUUCUUAGUGGUAAAACCUGAGCUGCACCUACCUGGAAUAUUUAUUCCCAGUCUUCCUGUAUUAAGAGCCAAACAUUGUACAGAUGAGAAAAGACAUGUAUCCUGCAAAUAACUUACUUUAUUGUCCGUUUCUGCUGGGGGUGGUGGAUUUCCGCUCAAUGCUGGCUUCGGUUAAGGUCCCAUCUUGAGUCAUCCAGUAACCGACAGAAACUCAACCUUGUUUGUCAUAAAAAUAAAUGUAUAUUUUACUGUCCAAUUGGGUGAAGCAGUGAAAAUACAAACGUCGCUCAUAUUUAACUACUUGUUCAUUGAGUCGGUAUUCAUUUUUGUCGACUAGAUAAAUGAAAAAGGGUGGACUGAAUGUUACUCUCUUUGACUCCGCUGAAGAAAUGGUGAUGUGCUAGAUCUAAAUGACGUCCCACCUUGUUGUAUUGCCGUAGCAAAAUGACUCAUUCUGAGGUCGAAUCCCUGUCCGUUUCUUUACAAUCCACCCCAUAUUGUGUCUGUUAAAAUGUUCGUAGUAGUCGGUUUGUGGUUGUAGGGUUGAGUCAUUCCUUCAAAACCAAAUUGAAGGCGUUUCCUGGAUCUGGUGUUGUACAGAGACAUCGGAAGAUGUUAAUAGACUGCUGCCCUGUUCAGGUUAUUCACAACUUUCCAGUCUCUGUGGGAUGGUGUGUGUGUGUGUGUGUAAAUAUAGCGAGGCGAGUUCAGCGGAAGUCAUCUUGCCGAAUAUAUCUGACACUCUUGAGGUUCUAAAUUGUACAUAACCGAAAUUUCCAGGGUCAGAGAGUGAAGUCCUGGUGAAGGGAUGUGGGUGGAAGUGCAACAGCAAGCCAAGCUAUUGACGGGAAGUGUUCGUCUCUCGAUUGGUGUAACUCUCAAGUGUAAUUGUAUGCAAGUGUUUGUCACUCUUUCUGCUUUCCAGUUCUUUGUGAAACAAGUCUGUCAAUAGAUUUGUGUUCAGAAAAGUGAGUGUAAGCAUGACUGCAAUACCUUUCACUGGUGUAUUUCUCUGUGUGGCAUUCGGGCUCUCGACGCUGUCAUUCGCCAACCAAGUCCCACGUUGUUUUUGUAAAGCUCAGGGAGAAUAGCCGCCAUCUUGUUCUUAUAUUUGGUUUUGUGGGUGUUUUUUUUUUUCUAAUUAUUAUUUAGACCACACAUGAUCUGUGACACGCGCAGAUGCUGUAAAUAAAU